AAAAAAUAUCACACUGGAGGAAGUUGUUUUAAAAGUAACUUUAAUAAUAAAAGAGGACAGUUGAUAUUCACACUUUAGUGCACCAAAUUUUCGACAGAUGUCUCUAUGAACUAUUAUGAUAUUCUUUCCAAUAAUUCUUUUAUCUGUGCGUCUUGCCAUGUGCAUGGUAUUUAAAACUUAAUUUAUUAUCUGUUCUCUUUGAUGUUUGUAAUCAAAACUAAAAAUUUGUAAGCUUCACUAAACAAAAUCACACAGCAGCAAAAAGUUUAGUGAACAAAAAGCUUUUACCUUUUCGUUUUGAAAAUCUUUUUAUGGAUCGAUAGCGUAAAUGAGUCCGUAUAAUAUUAUCCGUCCAUCCAUAUAACAUGGGAUAAACAUAACAAGUUACUAAGAAACUUUUUGUUCAAUGUUAAAACUAUAUUAAGAAGAUCAAAGAAGCUUAAAAGAUGAAAGCUGUUUAAAAUAGCCGCUUUUAGCUAUAUAUUAAAUUAAUUAAGUAUUUGAUUAGUUCAAAUCUACGAAAUGCAAGAAAAUUAUAAUUUUAUAACAAUAAUAAACACAUGGCGUAGUUUAUGUGGGGAGAGCGAAUACAGAAAUAUUAAGAGGAUGUCUGGUGAUUCGUCAAACCAUCAUACCCUUCCAAAGAUGGACGAGGAGUCCGUCAAGGAUAAAGAACCGGUUGUUUUGGGUGGCGUAGCAACAGCAGCGGCUUUGGAUCGAGAAUUUACUGAGACUGAUGACAAUUUGGAAAAACCUUUCACAGAUGAUAAAGACGCAGCUGGGGACGCCAACAGCACUCGUGACAAUGAUCUCUUGACUGAGGAAAAGUCGAAGGGAAGUGUCAAUGAUAAUGUGGAUAGUGUAUUCUUAAGACCACCUCCAGCAGGCAAAGUCCGAUCAACACCGUCAACGCAAGAAGAAGACAGUUGUGGUAUAAAAUGUUUGUACUACACAUUGCAGUGUUGUGAUUGCGUACUUAUGUGAUUUGAGGUACCAAAAUUUAUACCUACAAGUGUACGUACGGAAUAACGUAGGGUAAAGGGCUCGGUAAGUGUGGACCUAUGAAAAACGAUAUUAGUUCUAGUUUAUAUUUUGUGGUUAAUGAACUUAUCACUUAUGUUUCGUCAAAUAUACGUAUACGUAAGUAUAACAUCUUGACAGCAAAGCAUUGACUCAUACAUUUUGUACUAUAUUAUAUUGAAACGAUUCGUGCUUCCUUUUAGUUAUGUAUAUGCUCUGCGUAAGUCUCUGUACAAAAUCUAAACAAUAUUAUUCGUGCUAAUACCUCAGUAUAAAGGUAAGAUUUAGAAUCAGAAGAUUAUUAUUAUCAUUUACAAUAAACUAUAGAAAAUCUGAUGAAUAAUAAUGUACUUUCGCUCUUUCAUGUUACAAUUAAUUCGCUAGCGUCAUAUAAAUGCGGGGGAAUUUAUUAAAAAACGGUCCUAAAGACCGUUUUUGUAACCAUGGUUAUGUUGAUUUUCUACAUAACGAGCAUAGUAACUUUAUCGUUCACGUUUUACAAUAAAAACGUUGAAAUAGUGUAUCAAUAGGUUCCACUUUUAUUAAUAAAAUGUAGCGUUAUAGAAUCUUUACGUAAAUCUUAUUAUUUUAUUUAAGAAAUUUUAUUAUAUUACUGGAUUUGAUUACAAAAUGGUAUAUUUUAGUUGAUUUAAAAUUAACUCAAAACGAAUCGAUUUUCAUCGCACAAAUAAAACAUGGACUUAGGAUAGGGCAACAAACAUGGGUUAAUACCCGUUUGCACCCCAAUCAUAUAAAACUGUCUCAAACAUGGUAACCAUGGCAACUAAUAUUAUUUUAUAUAACGUUUAAUAAUUUUGAUUGCCCUUUGGAUCCAGUAUUAAAUGAUACUCAUCGUAUAAAUUGGUAAAAAUAUUGAACAAUACUCCAGUGAAUCUAUUAAGAUACUCGAACUAAUAUUAUUAAGAUAUUUACAUGUAUUUCUGAUAGUAUGUAAUUUUAUAUUAUUAUUGAGUUUUAAGAGGCAGGGUAGCAAUGUGCCAAUAUCAAAGUGUUCCUUAUAGAGGUUUGUUGAAAACAUUUAUGACUAUAUUGGUGUUAUUAGCAUAUAUCUGAUUCUCAAUGUGUAUGCAUUCUACCCCUUUAUAUCAACUACAAAAUCUAUUGAAAAUUUUAACAAAGUAUGACAUGUUUAUACCUGGUUUUUUUUUAUUCUACUGCCAAUGUGUCGUAGGGACUUUUUUACACCUCUUAUAUAAUUUAGAAUAUUCAUGAGGGUGCCGGGACGCAAUUGCUUGCGUGACCGAGACCCAGUCCAGGCUCGGAAGAUUUAAUAUUAUUUUAAUUAACUCGCGGCUUUGGUCUUGGUAAAAAUAGUUUUAACCCAUAGACACAUACAAAUUUUAUUGAUUUCAUUAUGUGAGCAGCCUUAGACAAUAAUUUAGUAUUUCGCUCAAUCAAUACAUUCCAAGUCUAUAAUAAAUAUAUUUUCAAAGCGUCACGACUCAAUUCCAUUUGAGGCAGCAAUAUGGUGGAACCAUUUCGGUUUUAUUGUUUGGAACCCAGGUUAAAAUGCUAGUACAUUUUAAGAACGAUAUCAAAAAUCUGAUUUAAUUGGAAAACAGCGCUGGUACUAUUUCACUUUAGAAUAGCGUAUGCGAGUCAUCAUCGCGCAAUCAUGGUUGCGAAAUCGAAUACAGCUAAUAUAAAACAUAGGGGUAACUCUGUAGGAAGAAUACGCGCGUUCAAGGACGCCGCUAGAAGGUUGUCAAGGGCAGGAGCUUGAGGCAUGUACAGAGGAAAAGUAACAUAUAAACACAAUAGCAUAAGAUUAUAAGUAGGUUUUUCGACUGUAUGAGGGGCAGCUGCCCUACUGCCCCCUGGCGACGGUCUUAGGGAGCUUUGAAGUAUUAAGUCGCGCAAUUUUUGGAGAUUCUUGACCCAUGAAACGCGCCGUAACGUUUGUACCCAAUAGUAAAACGUUUCGUGACCAGUGACUCUUUAUACCUAAAACUUACCAUUAUGUGGACCAGAGGACCCCCCCCCUCCCAAAAUUCGUUACGUAAUACUUGAACGCUCCCUUGACGAAGGUGCUGUUUUAAAAAAUUGCAUAUAAAUAACACUACACAGAAUGUUUGACCAAUGUUUCUGAUAAUGAUAGCGUUUGGCGUAAUCUUUUUAGUGUUUCCGUCCAAACGAUUUUGUAGUUAUUUAUGUAUUGUAGUAGAUUUAUGAUAUUUUGUAG